AUGCGCCGGUGCUCGGCCAGUGGCACAAAGCUCCCUCCAGGCUACAUGGGAAUUCCAUUUCUUGGAGAAUUACUCUCAUUUCUGUGGUAUUUCAAGAUUGCUCGCCACCCCGAUGACUACAUCAAUUCUAUACGUCACAAGUAUGGUGAUGGAGUGGGACUGUACAGAACACACCUCUUUGGUUCACCAUCCAUCAUAGUGUGCACUCCAUCGGCUAACAAAUUUGUACUCCAAGAUGCUAAUAAUUUUUCCUCGGGAUGGCAUAAUGAAAUUGUGGGAACAACUUCCCUUGUAGCAGUGGAUGGAGAUUCACAUAUUAGGGUUAGAAGCUUUGUAGUAAAGGCUAUCAAUCGGCCUGACUCUCUCCGAAGGAUCACUCUUGCUAUCCAACCCCGAGUAACCACUGCCCUCCAGUCGUGGGUUAAGAAAGGUAGAGUUACCAUGUUUAAGGAAGCCAAGAAGGUAACAUUUGAAAAUAUUGGCAAGUAUUUUGCCAGCUUUGAGUCUGGCCCUGUUUUGGAUAACCUUGAUGUAUUAUUUAAGGGUUUGAUUUAUGGAUUUAGAGUUUCUCCCAUCAAUUUACCUGGAACUAAAUUCCAAUGCACUCCACGUACUCUCACAACUUUUCUGUUUCAUUCAUGA